GGUGGAUUUUCGAUUUCCCGGCCUCGUGAGCAACCCCUUCCUCGGCUGCCAACCUUAGCGUCUUGGUGUCUUGGCUUCUGGCUGUCUGGGCGCUGGGCAAACAAACCUGGUUCGGGAACACUCCCAUUAACUUUUUUGCACAAACCGUUUUCCAAAGUGGGUGCACUCUUUUACAGUCUAACUAGCAAUGUAAGAAGGUUCCAGUUUUCCAGGGCUUUGUCAGCAGUUUCCAUUGUCUCUGUUUUUAGUUAUGGCCGUCAGAGUGGGUAUGAGGAGUAUUCAGUUGUCCAGCAGCAUUUGUGGAAAUGAAUGUUCCCAUUGAAAUCUCUUGGUGCAGUUUUUGAAAAUCAACUGACGUUCAGACUGCCCUGGAUCUAACGUCAGUACAGUGUUGAUAGAAGUGGCCAGGGCACAGAUGCCCUGCCUUGUUUCUGACCUUAGAGGAGAGAAGCUUCAUCUUCCACCAUUAAAGAAGGACACAAACAGAAGAGCUAUCUUCACAGACCACCUCUGUGGAACAGCCUGGUGGUUGCAUCUGAAGUUAUACUUGAACAACAGAGUUUGACUACAUUGGGGUUCACUGAUACCCAGGUUCUUUUCAAUAAAUAUGCAAAAAUAUGCAGGUAGAACAUCAUGUGCAAGACUUGUAUUGAAAUGGACAGCCUAUCCCUUCAUAUGCAUAAGCUACUAGAGGAUGCUGUCCUCCAAAAUGGAGCAAGAAGAGGAGGAUGCAGGAGUCAGGGAUGCAGGAGAGCAGAGGGAAAACAGGAUUCAACAUACAGACUUGAAAGAAGAGCCAAGUGCCACCCUAAAAAUCCUGCAAAAAUGUCUCUCUACCCAUCUCUUGAAGACCUGAAGGUAGACAAGGUGAUCCAGGCUCAAACUGCUUUUUCUGCAAACCCUGCCAACCCAGCAAUUUUGUCUGAAGCUUCUGUUCCUGUCUCUCAAGAUGGAAAUCUCUAUCCUAAACUAUAUCCGGAGCUCUCUCAGUACAUGGGCCUGAGUUUAAAUGAAGAAGAAAUUCGUACAAAUAUGGCCGUGGUCCCUGGAGCACCAGUUCAGGGGCAGUUGGUUGCAAGACCUUCCAGCAUGAACUAUAUGGUGGCUCCUGUAACUGGUAAUGACGCUGGAAUCCGUAGAGCAGAAAUUAAGCAAGGGAUUCGUGAAGUCAUUUUAUGUAAGGAUCAAGAUGGAAAAAUUGGGCUCAGGCUUAAAUCAGUAGAUAAUGGCAUAUUUGUUCAGCUUGUUCAGGCAAAUUCUCCAGCCUCAUUAGUUGGGCUGCGAUUCGGGGACCAGGUGCUCCAGAUCAACGGGGAGAACUGUGCAGGCUGGAGCUCGGACCGGGCCCACAAGGUGCUCAAGCAAGCCUUUGGAGAGAAAAUUACCAUGACCAUUCGGGACCGGCCCUUUGAACGGACAGUUACCAUGCAUAAGGACAGUACUGGACAUGUUGGCUUUAUCUUCAAAAACGGGAAGAUCACCUCCAUAGUGAAGGACAGUUCUGCAGCCAGAAACGGCCUUCUCACAGAACACAGCAUCUGCGAGGUCAAUGGACAGAAUGUCAUUGGACUAAAGGACUCUCAGAUUGCAGACAUACUGUCAACAGCUGGGAAUGUCAUCACUAUCACAAUCAUGCCUGCUUUUAUCUUCGAACAUAUUAUUAAACGGAUGGCACCCAGCAUCAUGAAAAGCCUGAUGGAUCACACCAUCCCUGAGGUCUAAGAGUCGCAGCAGCACAGUGGAAACGGUGCCAAGCUUCUCCAUGCGACCUCUUCAGUGACUUCACUUUCUCUUAUGCACAUGAAGCUUUCGAGGAGCCAGAGAGCAUAUGCUGCGCGAGGGCCUUCCUGUUCCGGCAGGCUGGCCUCUUAACUGUUUCAUCUGAUGUCUUGUUCAGACUUCAAGAUAGUUGUAGCCUUAGCCUAGUUUCAGAGAGGUGAAAACUUUGAUUUACUGAAACUUUUGUAGCUUAGUUUCUUUACUGGAAACCUGAUGCUCUUUCAAGCCAUGGGAUUAGAUUAGGACGCCUGGCGCAAGCUCGGCUGUGUGUAGAACCCCUCACCGUUGCCUAGGCAUCAAGCAUUGCUGUUCCUAGUACUUCAAGUCUAGGGUGUAUUUUCCAUUUGUACUGUGUUCUCUAGCACAUUUAGAAGGAUUACUUUCUUUUCCCUGUGUGUGUGUGUGUGUGUGUGUGUGUGUAAACACACCAGUUAAGUAACCUAAUGUGGGUUUCAUUCCAUGGAGGCAUCACAGUGGCUGUAAGCUGCAGCAGGUGUAGUGAAUAUCGUUACCUUUCAACUACCUUUACUUACUCUGCUUGAACUGUCGCCUUAACUACAUUAAGCAUCUAGAAUGAAAGCCAAACUUACUCUUGCUGCCUUUCUAAAACCCCAAAUGCAGUUCUUCAGCUGAAAUGCACACUAGCCCAGAACAGUGUAAUGUACAUAUAGCUACAUCAGCUACAUAAUGUAGCUGAGCUUACUCAGCAUAGCUGCCUAGUUGCAUCUGAGAUUUUCUAGUCAUUGUGUAAUGGCAACUUCUUUCUUCUGACACUUACUAGUUAUCACUUUCUGAGAAAUGAGUCACUAUAUAUCUAUUAAAUGUAAAAAUUCUUGUACUAAGUAGGACAAACCUCAACUCCCUUUUUCAUCUGUAGACAAGUGGGAUAAUAGCCAAUGUUGGCAUUUAUGUAUAAACCUGUAUCCUAGCUGCUUUGGGACGGGCUUGGAAUGUUUUCCUGAUCAGCUGUUCUAUUUCCCGACUUCUCUGUAAACAAAAUGACAAUGGCACUUCUUCAUCCUUUCUUUGUUGGUUUCUGCCUAUUUUAAUUAAAAAUAAAGUUAAAUUUUA